AUGUCUUUGAGCAAUUUUACUGAUCAAUCUUCACUACUUGCUUUGAAAGCCCAUAUCACACUCGAUCCACACCAUGUAUUAGCAGGUAACUGGUCCACUAAAACCUCCUUCUGUGAGUGGAUGGGAGUCUCUUGCAAUGCUCAACAACAAAGAGUCAUAGCCUUGGAUCUUUCCAACCUGGGUCUGAGUGGAACCAUCCCUCCAGACCUUGGAAACCUCUCCUUUCUGGUCUCUCUUGACCUUAGCAGCAACAAUUUCCAUGGUCCUGUACCUGUCGAGGUGGGUCAGUUGACUAGUUUGCUAUCAAUGAAUCUGCAAUACAAUCUCCUUAGCGGACAGAUACCACCCAGUUUUGGAAACUUAAACAGGCUUCAAAGCUUGUUUCUCGGAAAUAAUAGUUUUACUGGAACCAUCCCUCCUUCCAUUGGCAACAUGUCAAUGCUUGAAACUUUGGGUUUAGGGGGCAAUCAUCUACAAGGAAACAUUCCUGAAGAGAUUGGUAAACUUUCGACUAUGAAGAUAUUAGAUAUCCAGCGUAACCAGCUUGUGGGUGCAAUUCCUUCGGCCAUCUUCAACAUCUCUUCUUUACAAGAAAUUGUUCUAACCUACAAUAGUCUAUCUGGUGAUCUCCCAAGUAGCAUGUGCAAUCAUGAGUUGUCUGCAUUACGAGGCAUUCGUCUAGCAGGUAAUCAGUUUACUGGACCAAUUCCAUCCAAUCUCAGCAAAUGUGGAGAGCUUCAGACUUUAUCUUUGUUUUUCAAUAAAUUCACUGGAGGCAUUCCAAGAAGUAUUGAUAGCUUAACAAAGCUUACUCUAUUAUCGCUUGGUGCCAACAGCCUUAGCGGUACCAUCCCUGAAGAAAUAAGUUUUCUUCCUAGUUUGGAGUAUUUGUAUCUCUGGAGCAAUAGCUUCGCCGGUCCAAUUCCGUCAGCCAUCUUCAACAUCUCCACUUUGAAGGAGAUUGAUCUUGGAAAAAACGGAUUUUCUGGAAGUAUGCCACUGGAUGUCAUGUGUGCUCAUCGUCCAUCACUUCAACUAAUCGGACUUGACAGUAAUAGAUUUACCGGAACCAUACAUGGAGGAAUUGGAAAUUGUACUUCACUGAGGGAACUACAUUUGAGUAGUAACGACUUGACAGGUGAGGUACCAUGUGAAAUUGGUAGCCUUCAUACUCUGAAUGCGUUGAAUAUUGAGUACAACAGCCUAACCGGCCACAUUCCUUUUCAAAUCUUCAAUAUCUCGUCAAUGGUUUCAGGCUCACUAGCAGGGAACAACUUAUCAGGAAAUCUUCCACCAAACUUUGGCACUUAUCUUCCCAAUCUUGAAACGCUUAUACUGUCAAUUAAUAAGCUUAGUGGUAUUAUUCCUAGCUCCAUCGGCAAUGCUUCUAAGCUUAGGACUCUGGCUCUUAGCAAUAACAUGUUCACCGGCUCUAUACCUCAUGCACUUGGGAGUUUAAGAUUCCUUGAGAGACUCUAUCUAGGAACUAAUAAUUUGAAAGCUAGUACAUGCAAACUCAAGGGCAACAUUCCUACUGAAAUUGGAAAUUUAAGUAACCUUUAUCAGUUAUCCUUGAAGAACAAUGACUUAACUGGAACUAUUCCCCCGUCAAUUGGACAAUUACAGAAGCUCCAAGGUUUGUAUCUUCCUGCCAAUAAACUACAAGGUUCUAUCCCAAAUGAUAUUUGUCAGCUGAGGAACUUAGCUGAGUUAUAUUUGGCAAAUAAUCAGCUCUCUGGAUCUAUACCAGCAUGCUUGGGUGAACUUGCUUUUCUAAGAAAAGUCAACUUGGGCUCCAACAAACUAAAUUCCACAAUACCUUUGACUUUGUGGAGCCUGAAGGAUAUCUUGGCUUUGGACAUGUCCUCAAAUUUUCUAGUUGGCUAUCUACCAUCAGAUAUGGGAAAUUUAAAGGUUCUGGUAGAAAUAGAUUUGUCAAGGAAUCAAUUGUCAGGUGAAAUUCCAAGUAGCAUUGGAGGCCUCCUAGAUUUAACUUUUCUCUCAUUGGCUCAUAAUAGAUUUGAAGGCCCCAUAUUGCACUCAUUUAGCAAUUUGAAGAGCUUGGAGUUCAUGGAUCUAUCCGACAAUGCUCUAUCUGGAGAAAUACCAAAAUCGUUAGAAGGAUUAGUGUAUCUAAAAUAUCUUAAUAUGUCUUUCAAUAGACUAUAUGGAGAAAUCCCCACUGAAGGGCCUUUUGCAAACUUCUCAGCUGAAUCUUUUAUGAUGAACAAGGCACUGUGUGGUUCACCAAGGCUGAAACUCCCACCCUGCAGAACUGGCACUCGUUGGUCUACCACAAUUUCUUGGCUCCUACUAAAAUACAUCUUACCGACAAUUGCAUCAACACUACUUCUCUUGGCCCUCAUUUUUGUGUGGACAAGAUGCAGAAAAAGGAAUGCAGUGCUUCCAACUCAGGCAGAAUCAUUACCUCUAGCAACAUGGAGGAGAAUUUCUUACCAAGAAAUUUUCCAAGCUGCAAAUGGAUUUAGUGGAGGCAAUCUACUUGGUAGAGGAAGUUUUGGAUCAGUAUAUAGAGGAACUCUUUCAGAUGGGAAGGAUGUUGCCAUCAAGGUUUUCAAUUUGCAGGAAGAAGCAGCAUUCAAGAGCUUUGAUGCAGAAUGUGAAGUAAUGCGCCAUAUUCGUCAUCGAAAUCUAAUCAAAAUCAUUAGCAGCUGCUCUAACUCUUACAUUGAUUUCAAAGCAUUGGUACUGGAGUAUGUACCCAAUGGAAGUCUUGAGAAGUGGUUGUAUUCUCACAACUAUUGCUUGGAUAUCCUGCAGAGAUUAAAUAUAAUGAUAGAUGUCGCAUUAGCUAUGGAAUAUCUUCAUCACAGUUGUUCAACACCUGUUGUUCACUGUGAUUUGAAGCCAAGCAAUAUCCUGCUAGAUGAAGAUUUUGGUGGGCACGUUGGUGAUUUUGGUAUUGCAAAACUCCUAGGCGAAGAAGAGUCCAUGAGAAAAACACAGACCCUUGCAACCAUAGGGUACAUGGCACCAGAGUAUGGUUCCAAUGGAAUAGUUACCACUAGUGGCGAUGUCUAUAGUUAUGGUAUCGUGUUAAUGGAGACAUUUACAAGGAGAAGGCCUACAGAUGAAAUUUUUUCUGAAGAAAUGAGCAUGAAGAACUGGGUGAGGGAUUCACUAUGUGGUUCAGUUACUGAAGUGGUGGACGCCAACUUGUUAAGAGGAGAGGAUGAACAGUUCAUGGCAAAGAAGCAAUGUAUAUCAUCAGUCUUGGGAUUGGCUGUGGAUUGUGUAGCAGAUUCACAUGAGGAAAGGAUCAAUAUGAAAGAUGUUGUAACCACACUCAAGAAAAUUAAUCUCACAUAUCUAGCUAGCAGCUAUUGA